AUGUCUGUCGCAAUCACUGUACUAUUCCGAAACGAACCGGAUGCCGAACAUGAUAUCGAAUAUUACGUAAACAAUCAUAUGCCAUUGAUUCAGAAGCAAUGGGAAAAAUACGGCGUUCAGGGCUGGUCGGUGACCAAGUUUAGCAACGGUAUCGAUGGCUCCGCCCCGAUGUUUGCUUUUGGCUCGACGGUCACUUGGGGAAAUCAGGAACAGAUUAAAGCAGCCUUCGAAGGACCGGAGGCUGCGGAGAUUAUGGGAGACGUCUCCAAAUUCUCCAAUACGCAACCUGUCUUUCUUGUUGGCGAGGUCAUUCGGAAGGAAGGGAUAUGA